CUAAUAGAAAUAUUUUCAGUUUCACUAUUGUCAGCUGCAACUUUCUUUACUUGUUAUUUUUGGUACUUAUCAGUUUUUCUCUAGGAUGCAAUGCAGUACAGAGUGACAUCGAUUGUUUAAAAUCGAUUAAAAAUUCGUAGGAAGACCCUUUAAAUUACUUGGGCUCUACGUGGCAGUUCGAUAAUCACACAGAAGGUUUCAUAUGCAAAUUUACAGGAAUACAGUGCUGGCAUCCUGAUGAGAAUAAGGUUUUAAGUAUUACACUUCCAGACAUGGGACUAAAAGGUGAGUUUACUCGAGGCAUUCAAAAUUGCACUUCUUUAAUUUCUCUAGAUCUCUCGGCAACGAGCUAUAUGGAACCAAUCCCUCUGAAAGUGCCAAAUUUUAUCCAUACCACUAUUCCGGCUGAAAGUUACGCAAAUAAUUCAGGACUUUGCGGAGAUCCUCUAGAACGGUGUGACGGUCCAAAGCGAACCAUCAUACUAUGUUUGUUAGUGGUUUUGUGACUGGUUUGUCGCUUUUCUAUUUACUUGGUAUAUAUCUUUUUUUCUUUGGUUUUGCUCAAGUAAAGAAGAUAUUUGUAUCGAUCAAGAAUAGAACAAAGAGAACGAUGAUUGAUGGAAGUGAAUGUUCAGACGGAAUAGAAGUAAACAAUGACCCGAAGAUUUCAAAGCUGGAGAAGAUUGUCACAAGAAUGAGUUUUAUGGAACUAGCAAAAGCGACUUCACAUUUCAGCCAAGACCAUGAAAUUGGGAAGGGAAUGCUGGGGAAAGUGUACAAGGCACUGGUCCCAAAUGGCUGGAAUGUUGCCAUAAAGAGGCUCAAUGCCUCAGAAAAUUUGGAGGAAGAGUUUGUUUCUGAGAUUACAAUUCUUCGCAGUCUGAGGCAUCAAAAUUUAGUCCCUUUAAUUGGUUUUUGUGUAGAGAGGGAUGGGCGACUUCUGGUUUACAAAUACAUGCCAAAUGGAAACUUACAUGAGUGGCUACAUACGACUGAUGACAAGGCAAAGCUCUUGGACUUUCCUUUAAGGGUUAAAAUUGUUGUUGGUGUCGCGAAAGCCCUUGCUUGGCUUCAUGAUGGUGGAAAUUUCCAUGUUGUGCAUAGUAACAUAAGUACACAAAGUAUUUUGCUAGACGAAAAUUUUGAUCCCAAGAUAUCCAAUUUUUGGGAGGCAACACUUGAAAGACAAAAUGACAUGGAUUCAAGCAUGUGUCUAUUGCCACUAGUUGAUUCUUUAGACUUUACAUCUUACAAGAAAGAUGUCUAUAGAUUUGGGGUUGUGCUUCUUGAGCUUUUAACAAGGAAGGAAUCUUAUCAAUUGAGCUGCUCAAGUUUAAAUCUUAGUAGUAGCUCGUUUGCCAGUACUCUUGAUGUGGAUAAAGUGCUGUUAGGUCAAGGUUUUGAUGCAAUGAUAUUGCAACUACUUGAACUUGCAAGUAACUGUAUGAAGUUCAUUCCUAAUCAAAGGCCAACCAUGCUUCAAGUGUAUCUCACUGUAGCUGCAAUUUCUUGAAUUCAUGAUCAAACAGGGGACCCUGAAAUACAGUUGCAAGUGGAAUAGAAGCAGCCAUGUGUAUUCCCCCUCUGCUUUCUAUGUUUAUUUCAUUAGCAAGAAGUGCGUCUAUUUUCCUUUCUUUUGUUUAAUACUAGUUUACUUGUCCGCCCUUUGCGCGGUUAUCAAAGACAUCAAUAAAUAAUUUUCAGUCGUAAAA